AUGAGUCACCAAGUAGCACCGGCACCAAAUCUCAUGAGUCAGCGAGAUGAUCCUGUGAUUGUCAGGACCACCUUGGUGGAUCCAGUGUGCUUCCUAGUGCUCAAAAUUCUGGUGCAAGGUCACGAGCUGCAGCAGGUUCGUCACGAUAAUGUCCUGGACCCGAUGGAGAUUGCACUCAAAUACUUCGUCAUGACAGAACUAUUUGUGUGCAACUUCGUUUGCCGGUGUUUCUUUUGGGAAGAGUCGAACUUGGACAUGCAGGACCUUGCAGGUAUCAAAGCUUUGAUCGUGCUGGAGUCUGAAGACCUGAUCGUGCCCACCUACUCAGUGAGAAGUUUGAUCUUCGCAGAGCAAAGCCGAAGGGCUAAAGUGACUGGACUGAAUCCUUCAGAGACAGGCUUGGAGGUUCAUUGGGUUGAAGAUCAGCCACAUGCAGGCUUCCUGCUUGACAUGGUGGCCAACCAAGAUGUUUGCGACCGUUUACAGAGAUUUCACGAAUCGAAACCUUAGCCUGAAGCUUUACUUGGUUGUGGAUCUGUACAGGUCCUGCGCGCUUGGAAUAUGUUUGCGUGGUACAGAUCUGUUUCUUGGUUUUAAGUAGUGCACCGUAAUUACUUGCAGACGUCAUGGUAACGGUGUGCAACUUCUGGUGCUCAUGGUCGGACGGCAAAAAACGUGCCGAAGACCUGAGUGAUACCUUUCAGGCAGCCCUGGGGAAUGGUCGUUUGAAACCAACUCAGGCUUGAUCUGCGGUUCAGAGUGUUUUAACAUUUCGCAAGAGCCCACUAGAGGCCAAGCACUGCUUGCGGAGAAUGGUGUGCUCUUUUUUGGAUGUGUUUGGUGUGAGUUCCGCACAUGCCAGACAUUUCCAAUCGUUUCUGUUCUAUUACUAUAUAGUCACUAGUCAGUGUUUUCUUUUUGAGUUUUCAUUUGGGAGUAUCAGCAAUUGCAAAGGCAGUGCACCUAUCAUCAA